AUGUUAACUAGUGAUAAGUUUAGGAUGACUGAUAUUUAUCUGGCAAUCUGUAGUAAUGCCCCCAAAGUAAUGUGGAAGAACAUACUCCGAAAUAAUGUUGCUCGACCAAGGGCUCUGAUAACGAUGUGGUUUGCGUGUCACGGAAGAUUGGCUACUAAACAACGCCUUUUUCGAUUUGGUAUGAUCACUGAUGAUAGAUGUUGUCUGUGUACUAAAGAGGAGGAAACCAUUAAUCAUGUAUUAUUCUGCUGUCCUGAAACGGUGCAUAUAUGGACCAAGGUCCUAGAUUGGAUCCAGAUUCCACAUGUCCCGCGACUGUGGGAUGAAGAAAUGGACUGGGUGUGCAAGAGCACGAGCGGUAAGGGCUGGCGAGCGUCCCUCCUGAAACUGGCUAUAACGGAAACAGUUUAUGGUAUUUGA